AGACAGGGUUAGCACAAGACCACGUUGAGUUGUGGAGCACACUAAACAGGACAGACCCAGACGGACUGCUCCAGCUCCACUGUCGUCCCAGUCAGUUUAAGGAUGAUCUGGUGUUCAGGUAACCACAGCAUUUCUUUGGCUCACUGAUGGUAUUUUAAUACCACGAUCACCAUCUUCCAGUGUGACGACUCGUGUCUGAGACAAAGUCCCCCUCAGUGAGCAGACCAUAUGAUGGAUGGUAAUAAGACCAGUGAAGAGAUAGGCUCGAAUCCGCCCUCAGACUUUACAGGUUUGGGGAUGGACAAGGUUGUCUACUUCCUCGCGGGGGCCCUCUCCUUCACCGUCCUCACGUUCACACUGCUGGGCAUCCUGUGUAUCAGAAAAUAUCGUUCUUUGGUUCGUACCAUUAGAGAGCUGGAGCUGAGCAAGUCGGCGCUUCGCCCUGUACCUCGGCUAGAGGCUCCCGUCAGGCCCGUGAGGCAGCAUUCUGCAGCGGAGGAGGAAGAGGAGGAGCUUCCUCUCCGAGCUUCCCUGCAGCACAGCAGCACAGUCAGGGCCUCGUCCAGGGGGCUGUGGAGAGUCCGGCCACAGGUUCCUCGGUUCACUAAGGCAGAUCUGAACCUGCUGCAGCUGAUCAAAUCAGGAAAGGAGGGCGCCUUCUACCAGGCCAGGAUGACCAGAGGGACGUGUAAAGGCCACAACAUGUUCACAUGCAAGAUCAGCAAGGAAGGUGUCCGUUCUAAGCAUGUGGACAUAGAGGUUUCCAUCAUGAGGAAACUGGUGCAUCACAAGAACAUCCUGCAGUUACUGGACUGGAGCAACACUGAGGAUCCUUACAUUCUGAUCAUGGAGUAUGUGAGCUAUGGCACUCUGAAGACCUUCCUGCAGAGCAACAGAAGCCAUCUGAGUGCAGAUCCUGAGCUGCAGAGCCUCCUCACCAUCGCCUCUUACCACAUCGCUCUAGCUAUGAACCACUUGCGCUCCAAAAUGAUUGUGCACUGUGAUUUGGCUCUGAGGAAUAUCAUGGUCAAUAAGUUUCCUUGGGAGGUGAAAGUGGCAGAGUUCGGCCUUGCCCGAGAUUUGUCACGCAUUACAAGUCGCCAUGGCAGCCGCUGGAGAAACCCUCGGCAGCCAGUGCCGCUGCGCUGGUACCCACCUGAAUACUUCAAGAACAACUACUACAGCUUCAAGGGAGAUGUGUGGGCCUUUGGCAUCGUGCUGUGGGAGAUGCAGACAUUUGGUACAUUACCAUACCCUGACCUGGAGUCAUCAGAGGCAGUGGUGUACCACAUCUGUCUUGGUCAAAAAAACACAAACCCUCAAGGCUGCAGACCAGAGAUACUUCAUAUCAUGCAGGACUGCUGGCGGGAGCCAUACACACUGAGACCCUCAUUCACAGACAUUGUCGACAUGCUGGAGAACAUCCUGGAAAAUGAUGCAGAUUAUGUGGACAUCGCGAGCCCAGGGCUUCUGGUUACAGACGAGGCUGAAUAUCAUGACUCUAAAUAUCUACGAGCAGCAAGCGUCACCUUGGAGGACGAAAACCACAUCUAAAUAGAUUAACUGCUAAAUCAGAUCCAGCAGUUUACUUUACAUUUCAAAUCAAUGCACCCUGUUUAGACUGCAUCUGGUUUGGCGCAGCUUUUCAAGUGAUGUUUCAAAUUGGGCAACUGUUCGAUGAUCACACAUGAACAACCCAUCAAAAAUAAAACAGCAAAAAUAGAUGCAGCAGGAAAGUGAAUAAUAUUGCUUGGACGGUAAAUGUAAUGCCAUUUCAUAGGCUGAUUUGUCAAAAAAAAAAAGUUAUACCAUGCCUCUACUUUUUAACCUUGAUCCAAGUCAUUUGAUGUGUUGUUCAUAUUCUGUUUUGACACAAGUACAACAGUUUUAGUUUGACAAAAGGGAUUUCUCUCUGAGGAUGGACAGAGGUUUGUUCAUGUUUCGACGUGGACAAACAGCAGCACGCUGAAUGGCUCCAUCCUGGAUUCAGUUCGGUGAAGAAGAUAUGUAGACUUUUGCUGCUUUGGAGUUUGUGUUUGACCAGUCGUGAAGAAACAUAUUGCCACCGUCUGCUCAUUUGUAAUUUCUAAGUCGUUCUAUGUAAAAACUUUUCUUUUGCAUGAUUUUUUUUCCACAUAAUAAGCACAAGGAGCUGUCAUAACUAACAGCUCUCACUGGAACCCUCUCCUUGAGCCUCUCCUGGAGCUGGCUUUUCUGUCUUUUGUGGCAAAAUUAUUAUAAUAUAUAUUAUGAUUUUUCUAUCUUUGAGCCCAAAUGUUUCAAACAAACUAAAUAUAGGCUGCCUGACAAAUGGGGGGUUUUCAGCCUCAUCUGUGACUGAUUGGAAAUGAAACACAGAAAGACAUCAGACUCUCAUCCUCUCGCUGACUGUCCCAUAUGCAUGUUUCAUACGUUCAGAGAACCAAUUACUGAUCUUGAAGGUCAGAUAACACAUUUAUAAUGAAUGAACACAGUUACUUUUGUUUUUUUUUCAAUCAGACCCCCUUUUUGAAGGAGGAUCUGAAGAUAUAUUACGAGUAAAAAUCUUGGUAUUGAAGGAACUCUGUAAGCCAUGGGUGGUGAUUCACUGUGUUGAGAGGUUCAGUGCUUUUCAAAUACAGAAAGCAGAGUACAUCAAUGUGCAGACCAUGGACCGGCCCUGGGAAUGUUGGCGCCCUAGGCGAGAUUUCAAAUUGGCGCCCCCCCCAACAUACACACGCAAACUGUCAUGCAUCCCAAAGAACGUUUGGACUGUAUACAGAUGCACACACAGGCAGACAAAUUUGUAAGCUAUAAAUAAACAAUAAAAAUAUAUAAUAAAAAAUAUCAAAAGAGUCCUGUACUGAUAGCAUAUCAUGUCAUGUCGACCCAAAUAAACAUUAAUGAUGUCCACAAUCGGGGUGAUUCUUACCCCUAUAUUGUUCUUUCUUCUCCUCCUCUACUUUGCGGUGCUUUCUGUACUGUGCACCUGAUAAUUUGAUCAUUUUUUGACUCAUCUUUGACUCUAACUGCAGUCUUGCCGCAGCGUGUACGUCAGGGACACACCUGUUCACACAGGGAGCUAUCCAGGAGGAUGUUUUAGAUGCUUGCCUACAGUUGGUACAUGUGCACAAGUGAUAGGAAUCCGAAGCUUUUUUUCAAGACAUAGCACACCUACACUUUGACAAGUGCAUGUUUUUUUAAACUAUUUCCGAUAAUUGAAUGUCUAAUGAUGCAUGUUGAAAUUAUUUAAUUCUUUGCUUUGGGUUUUUAAGCUAUGUUAGCAUUAAGGUGUAAACAGAGACAGUUUCUCUGUUAGAGCAGGAAAUUCUCUUCUAAUAUUAAUGGUUUAUCUACAUUCUUCUAAUAGACCUGUAGUUUAUCUACUUGACGGUUUCUGUUGUAAGAGGUGGGUCUUUUAACAGCUCAUUUGUUUUGAAUACACAAGUAUCUACCAUCGCUACAACUGUGUAAUCAUCAUCCAUAUUGUGUUGU